AAUAUCUUCCCGUAAUACUGAUUAUUAUUAUUCUCACGCAGUAAUAUAUGUACAGAAUAAUGGAUUCUUGCAGCAACAAAGAACAACAAAGUGUUGUUUUAAAGCAUUAUUACAUAUACUCUUUCUCUGGUGGAAAUAUUUUACCGAAAACGUAAUGAAGUUUUGCUGAAAUGCAUUUUGAAAAUCUGUCUGAGAACUGACCCUGUUUCAUUUGAUUAAUAUACCAGUAAAUAUUCAGUUAAAAUUUAUAUUCAUUAAAAAGUAACAGUUUUUAAUUAAAUCCAGUAAAUUGUGCCGUUGUUUGCUAGCAUCUGAUGUUGGAAAUAAAAUAUUUGCAUGAUCCAAACAUUAUUUCCAUUUUGCAGUCAAUCAAUACGUUUAAAAAAAAUUUGUAUGCGUCUUGUAUUACAAUAUUUUAGUAGUGCGCGUUGUCUGCACUGGUGCAGGAAGUUCAUUUGCGAGGAGCAGAUAUUCACUUACGCGUGUGUGACGGCACGUAAAUUCGGGAAUGUCUAGUUGUCACCGUCUGUCACAAAUCGAGAUACAAUUUGCACGCAGACGACAUGUUCGGCAACAUACAUAAAUGAAUCUAAGUAUACAAUAUCCCUUAUUUCCGUUUAUCGUCGUUACUUAACCUAAUACGUGCCACAUCAAAGUGUGAAGUUCCACCUGAUUGGGAAACAACAUUGGUGAUUUCACGCCAAAUAACCUAGCGGUUGGACGGCGUCCCCGCAGAGGGAAAUAAAAAAAAAUCAUUGAUUGUGUGUAUAAUUGUGACCGAACACGAUGGCUUCGAACAUCUUUAGACGUAUCGCCCGACCAUCGAGUGUUUUUCGAAACAGAUUAUCGGAAAAUACUAUGCGUCUCAAUAGUCUCGCUAGACCGAUAACGACAGUGAAUCCUAAGGACGUUGAGCACCUUUCUGCCUUCAAGAAUGCCUGGUGGGACGAGAACGGCCCGUUUGCUGAUCUUCACUUAUACGCGCCGAUUCGAAUAAAGUUCGUGAGAGACGGACUGGCGAACGCUGGAGCUCAGAUGCGAGACCCAGCUCUUCCGCUGAAAGGAAUGAAGAUUGUGGAUGUUGGCUGCGGCGGUGGUAUACUGGCUGAGCGUUUAGCCAGAAUAGGAGCGCAAGUAACUGGAAUAGAUGCGUCGGCGGAGUUAAUAAACGUUGCCAAAGAGCACGCACAGUUGGAUCCCGGCAUAUCGGAGAGGUUGAACUACAUUCAGACAAGGGUGGAAGACUUUUCCCAACAGGAGGCGGAAUCGUACGAUGCUGUUGUAGCGUCUGAGGUUCUGGAGCAUGUAGAGGAACCGCAACUAUUUCUAAAGGAGUGCGUGAAAAUAAUGAAACCUGGAGGCUCAAUUUUUAUAACAACGGAGAACAGAACUCUAGCAACUUGGUUGGUUCUUAUCGUAGGAGGCGAAUACAUCCUCGGAAGAGUGCCUUUUGGUACACACGAAUGGAAUAAAUUUAUGGCUCCGCACGAAGUCCAACGUAUAUUGGACAGUUACGGAUGCAAAACGAGAUUAAUUCAUGGGAUGAAAAUGAAUCCAUUGUCAAAUCGAUGGUCUUGGUCAUCGUGCACGGCAAUUUUUUAUGGACUUCACGCAGUCAAGCAAAAAGAAACUGGCAUGUAGUUUUCGGCAAGUGCGAUUCUUUUGUUACUAAAUGCGGAAUAAUAUAUUUUGAUUGUUUACAGGUUUUUGUGUUAUAAUUGAAUAUUGUAUAUGUCGAGAAUUGCUGUUAUAGUGUUUUAUUUUAAUCACUCUAGGCAAAAAUAAUAAAAUUGGAUUCCAUAUCAACUUGGCAUGUUUCAAUGACAUCAUCUUAUGUUCCCCUUCAAACCAAACAACUUUUAUCUACAAUGUUUUUCGUAUCUUUCAUAUUUUUCAAGUUAUUCGCCUUGGGUGAUUAAAAUUAAACACUGUAUAAUACAUUUAUACAGAAUAUUAUUCUUUAUACCAGAUGUUUUAUUCUACUAGCUAGAAUUUUCCGCAGCGAGCAACGAAAUAUAUGCGAAUACUAUUUACAUUUGUUCAACAAUCCAUAUUUAUAUUUCACGCUAUAGAAACUAUCAGCUCUCAUCCUUAUAUGGUUUGCAAAUAAUUUUAGAAAUAUAAAAUGAACAGUG